AUGAGACGAUCGGCAGCACCAAGUCAGUUUCAAGGGAAUCCCUUCAAAAAGCCAAAAUUUAUACCGCCAGCAAGAAGUAAUCCAAGUCCUAAUGAAGAGGUUACAAAGCUGAAUUCAGAUAUAAAAUUAUUUGAGGUUGCUGCAAAUAAGAAUACUUUUCUGCAGUCACAAAAUGAUCCCAGAAUAUGCAGUUUUAAUCUGCCUACUGAAGAAAGUUCUAGAGGAAUUAAUCAUGAGGAUAAUUACAGGGAAAAAUAUUGCUUGGAAGCAUCUGCAAAGACAACAUCAGACCCACAUCAUACAGUUCAUUUAGCCCCUAAAGAAAUAACAGUGUCUAAGGGACAAGAAGAGGAACCUGAUAGCCUAGUUAAAUAUUUCAGUGUUGUUUGGUGUAAGCCUUCAAAGAAAAAACACAAAAAGUGGGAAGGUGAUGCUGUUCUUAUUGUAAAAGGAAAGUCAUUUACAUUGAAGGAUUUGGAAGGCAAAGACAUUGGAAGAGGCAUUGGAUGUAAAUUCAAAGAGCUUGAAAAGAUUGAAGAGGGCCAAACAAUGGUGAUUGGUGGAAAAGAAAUAGAAGUCAUGGGUAUAAUCUCUCCAGAUGAUUUCAACAGUGGCAGAUGUUUUCAGCUUGGAGGAGGAAGUUCUGCUGCCUUACGUUCUUCUCAAGCUGUCAAGAAGUGUUUCUCUAACCCUUUCAAAAGUGUCUGUAAACUAAGUUCAAAGGAAAAGAGACAGAACAGUUUCCAAAAUUGCAAACCACGCCAUGACCCAUAUGCACCAAACUCCCUUGUUAUGCUACGACCAGAUAAUAAUCACCAGUGGAUGUUCAAUAAGAACUGUUUCCCUGUUGUGGAUGUAGUGAUAGAUCCUCACCUUGUAUUUCACCUUCGACCACAUCAGAAAGAAGGGAUCAUAUUCCUUUAUGAAUGUGUGAUGGGAAUGAGGGUGAAUGGCAGAUGUGGAGCUAUUCUUGCUGAUGAAAUGGGUUUAGGGAAAACACUGCAAUGUAUUUCGCUUAUCUGGACUCUACAGUGUCAGGGACCCUACGGUGGCAAGCCAGUAAUAAAGAAGACACUUAUUGUCUCACCUGGAAGCUUGGUGAAUAAUUGGAGGAAAGAAUUUCAAAAAUGGCUAGGAAGUGAAAGGAUCAAGAUAUUUACUGUUGAUCAGGACCACAAAGUAGAAGAAUUCACCAAAUCUCCAUUUUAUUCUGUUCUUAUCAUCAGUUAUGAAAUGUUACUUCGUUCCCUGGAUCAAAUUAAGAAUAUAAAAUUUGAUCUUCUAAUUUGUGAUGAAGGGCAUCGUUUGAAGAACAGUACCAUUAAGACAGCUACAGCCCUCAUUAGCCUCUCGUGUGAGAAAAGGAUAAUUCUAACUGGUACUCCAGUUCAGAAUGAUCUCCAAGAAUUUUUUGCAUUAAUUGAUUUUGUAAAUCCAGGAAUAUUAGGCUCUUUGUCAUCUUAUAGAAAAAUAUAUGAAGAACCCAUUAUUAAAUCGAGACAACCUUCUGCUUCUGAGGAAGAAAAGGAGUUAGGAGAGCGAAGAGCAGCUGAACUUACUUGCCUCACUGGGCUCUUUGUCCUUAGAAGAACCCAAGAAGUCAUAAAUAAAUAUCUCCCACCUAAGAUAGAGAAUGUAGUCUUUUGCCGACCAGGAGCCCUACAGAUUGAACUUUAUCGAAAACUGUUGGAUUCUCAGGCUGUCAGAUUCUGUCUUCAAGGAUUGUUGGAAAAUAGUUCUCAUCUAAUAUGUAUUGGAGCUCUUAAAAAACUGUGCAAUCACCCCUGCCUUUUGUUCAGCUCAGUAAAGGAAAAAGAAUGCAGCUCAACUUGGGAUGAGAAUGAAGAAAGGAAUCUAUAUGAAGGCUUGAUAAAUGUGUUUCCCGCUGAUUACAACCCGCUCAUGUUUACUGAGGAAGAGUCAGGAAAACUACAGGUGCUGUCAAAGCUCUUAGCUGUUAUCCACGAACUUCGUCCUGGUGAAAAGGUGGUGUUGGUAUCCAACUAUACACAAACCUUGAAUAUUUUACAAGAAGUAUGCAAGCGUCAUGGAUAUGCUUAUACAAGACUUGAUGGACAAACACAGAUCUCUCAAAGGCAACAAAUUGUUGAUGGCUUUAAUAGUAAAUACUCUUCUGAUUUUAUUUUUUUGUUAAGUUCAAAAGCUGGUGGUGUGGGACUUAACCUUAUUGGAGGAUCUCACUUAAUUCUCUAUGACAUUGAUUGGAAUCCAGCCACUGAUAUCCAGGCAAUGUCUAGAGUGUGGAGAGAUGGUCAGAAACAUCCUGUACAUAUUUACAGACUCCUAACCACAGGUACAAUAGAAGAAAAGAUCUAUCAAAGGCAGAUCAGUAAGCAAGGUCUUUCUGGGGCAGUUGUAGACCUAACCAAGACAUGUGAUCAUAUUCAGUUUUCAGUAGAAGAACUUAAAAAUUUGUUCACAUUACAUGAAAGUUCACAUUGUGUUACUCAUGACCUGCUUGACUGUGAAUGUACAGGAGAAAAUCAUACAGGUGAUUCAUUGGAAAAAUUCCCUGUCUUUAGAAAUUGUCAGCUUGGUACACAUCAACAGAAGUCUGACUCCCUGAAACCUGUCUCCAUGUCACAGCUGAAGCAAUGGAAACAUUUUUCUGGAGAUCAUUUAAAUCUUACAGAUCCUUUUCUUGAAAGAAUAAGAGAAAAUGUGUCAUUCUUUUUUCAGAAUAUAACCAAUCAAACUACUGCUAUAUAACCCCCUUUAAAAAAUUAAUCUAGUAAG